UGGACGGGAGAGAGACGUGUUUGCUGCUGGCUGGCUGGCCCGCCUGGCUGGUUGGCUGGUCAUUGGUUGGGGUUGGUUUGGGGUGGUUCUGCACGACACGUGUCGGUGCACCCAGUCAUUUCCAGAGCAGAGGAACUCUCGGAGGCAGAAACUCGGCAGGAGUUUCACACCGUGCAGAGCGUCGAGCUGCCCGCCAGCAAAGGCUUAGCAGCGCCGAAAAGACUACGCCUCCCAGGCUCCUCUCUGCCUGUCGCGCGUCAUCUCCGCGCGCCACGAGCCAGGCGGGCGCGCCGGGCCAGCGCAGGAGCAGGCGGGCAGGGUGGGUCGAGAGAGAGCCUGACGGAGCGCGGCAUGGCUGGGGCGGGUUUGCUGCGGGGCGCGACCCGCCUCUCCGGGGCCCUCUGCCCAGGGCUGGGAGCGCGAAGCUACGCCAAGAAACCCGUGGGGAAGAGCAAAGCGAAAAGUGUGUUGAAAGAAGACCUCAAGGGCCCUGAAGUGUGCAAAGACCCCGUGUUACUCACCACCCACUCCAUGGGGACCAACAUCUACAAGGAAGGGCCCGAGGUGGCGCUGAAGCCUGACUGGGAGUAUCCCGAAUGGCUUUUCCAGAUGGACCUCGGUCCCCCCAAGAAGCUGGAAGAGCUAGACCCAGACACCCUGGGAUACUGGCGGCGUCUCCGGAAGUUGAACACCAUACAGUGGAACAAGAUACGGAAGGAACGGUCGUUCUGAUUUCGAACCGGUUUGCUAAAAGCGACUUUUGUUUCUUCUCCCCCCAAUGUAAAUAUUGACCAAUAAAUCGCCGUCUGUGCUGUG